AUGGAAAAGGAUUUAUGGAAUAGAAAAGGCUCUAUUGCCGUCAGCUCUAUUUCGGCCGGCGCCUCGCCAAAGAUCGGGCAAUUUCAAGGCCAAACUCCGAAACGAGUAAGUCGAAUAUAUUUAUGUUGUAUAUGGACUGUUUGCUAAAUAAUUACAGUAAAUCCUAGUGUGUUUAACUGUUAAAGACAGGUAUUAAGCUUUAAACACCAGUUUUUCUAAGCCCUCAUCAACCUUAUUUUAAUGCUUAAAUAAAUCGAAGACCUUUUAUCCCUCUCAAAUUUUUGAUUUUAUAGUUGUAGUUUGGACUUUUCACGUUUUAAUAUUAAAAGCCCUAUUGUAUAUUGUGUUUUUCGCUUGAUUUCUUGUCACGUAAACUGAAGAGAAACAUUUUAUUUAUCUUUUAGGCUUUAGCAAGGACUUAUUCUCCGUUCAGAAAAUCUAGAAGUCGAUCCUCUUCUUUUAGCUCUUGUGAUAGUACAGGUAAAACAACGUGAUUAUUAUUAUUCCAGACAUUUUUAUUACAGCUGAAUUUUGUUGACAACAAAGUACUUAACAGCAAACGAGGCCUUUGGAAAAGAAUGCCGAAUUAUUUUUUAGUAAAUUUUAAAGACGCAAAUCCUUUAAGAUUUGGUAAACAUUUCCAUGGCUUUAUAUAUAUAAGAGCCGUUCAAUAUUAAAAUAUUGGGAUUGGAAAAAAAUUUUGCAACAUUGCUUGGAAUAAAUAUUAAUUACUACAUAGAAAUGAAUGAGAACUUUCUAAAAAUCCAUUCAACAGGGUUUGUAUUGAGGCUGGGGUAGCAUUGGGUCAUUCCCCAAAUUUACAGACAAAAUUUUUUGUGGUCAAAGCCAGGGAGAUUACUGUAUUGCACAGGCAUCGAUUCUUGUAUAUUUGAAAUAUAUAUGGUUUCGGUGGAGAUCUCAAACGUGGUUCUUGAGGCCCUGAUUCCGGGUUUCUUCCAGGGGUCUCUAGGGAACAAGGCAUGUUUUGCAAUGCCAAAAAAAACAUAGGGAACAUGAUGAAAUCUUAAUGGGAAAACAAGGGGGAAAAUCUGGAAAACUUUUCAUGGGAACACAGACCCUCUCUUUAGUGAAUGUACACCCCCCCCCCCACACACACACACACCACACCACUGUCCCCUCCCCAUUUCACACUCUUGCAAACUCUCUUGUGGAGAACGUAAUCUUUUGUAUAAUCAGUAUUUGCCAGACAGCAAAAUGUAAACAAGGAGUCUGUUGUGAUUUGUGACUAAAAUUUCUAUUACAUUAUUUCUGGCAACAGCAGCUGCAACACAAGUAGCAGUGUGCUUUAUUUGGCACACCUGCAUCUCUGUAUCACAUCAGUCCUUGCCUGCAUUCCCUGCCAAGAUCGGACACUUUGCAAAAAUCCCCCCCCCCCCCGGGAAUUUAGGUUGAUCACAUAUUUCGUUUCAUCUGAUGUUGUAAAUUUCAGGCUUUUCUUGUUUAAAUAAUAGAUUAUAUAUGGGGCUUGCAUUUCUGAAAAAAAAUUAGUUGUAUAGUAUUGUUAUUCUUGCAUAAUGAUUGCUGAUGCCAGUACAUAUUUUAAACGUUUUACAGUGGGGGGCCGAAACCAAGAUUAGGGUGCAGUGUGAUUUCCCCAGAGUUUUUUGGUCACCCAGUCUGAGCCACGGAUUAGUGGGCCCAUUGGAGCAAAAUCCCCCCCAGUACAGUAUAUAUUAAAAUAUGCCUACUCAUCAGGUUAUUGUGAAAUUUGAAUUGCAACAUCUUUAUGUGGUAUUAUUUGAGGGUAAUAAUGGUAUACAACUGGUCAUAUAAGUAUAGAUGGGCCUAUAUUUAGAUCAGCUAUCAUUUAAAGCAUUAUAAACGUAUUGGGGAGGGAAUUGCUCCCAUUCCCUGCUGACAGAGGUCACUGUAAUGCCGGAGACUGUGUAAGUUAUGCAGUCGAGUCUUGGAGGUCAUCAUUAAUUUGAGAGAUAUUCAGGUCAAUAAUGUUAUGAUAAAUCCCCUUUCCAGUUCAAUAACAUAAAAUCACUACUUCAAUAUACAAAAUGAAUAUCUAUUAAAAUGAUAUUCAAAUGCUGGAACAGCGACCAUUUUGGCUUAAAAAUAUGCAGCGGAAGUUAAAGACGAACAUUGGGAACAAUAGAAAACAAAAAUUCGUAGUGAAAAGUACAGUCAGGCAGAACAAACUGAAAGUGAAUAGAUGCAAAAAAGGCAAUGAUAGCAGAAAUUAUUGUUUAAAAUUACUAAAGCAAAACAAUCUGUUCAAAAACUAAAACAAAGCAAUAAAACUUCAAAAACAAAGAAUUUACAUAAAGGCCUAAGACUUUUUAAAGAUGAUCAUGAUUAUUUUCAACAACCGAAUAAAAAGUGGUUGUAGUGGUGAAAAAAUAGGAUGGGAAAUUCAAAAUUCUGACAGGAAAAUGAACGGAAAUUUUCCAAGAAAAAAACAAAUUAUGGUAAACAGGAAAAGUAAAAUGUUUUAUGUUUAGUAAAAAAUUAAAACAGCUAGGGAAAACAAAUGUUUUAUGCAGAUUAACAUAACAAAUGAACGAUUAAGUGGGUCGAAGCAUCACGGAAUUCCGUGGCGCAGCGCAUUGUGGAUUUUGCUCGCCGGUUCAAAGGAGACAAAUGGCAUAAUAUGGCGUCCGCAGAAAAUGGACCGUCCCCUUCGGAGGGACAUGGCUCUGGAGAUGUUUCAUCCAGAUCACCGGCAGCUGCUCAAAAACCACCAAUGUUAUCUGAACUCAAGGUUCGAACGUGCUCACAUGUUUGUUAUGCUUUUACUCAAUGUUAAUAUUUUUACUUGACUGUUUCGCUAACCAAAAUGUUAUUGAACAGAGACUCAGCUUUUCCGAAAGUAUGUCCUCGAGACGGCUGCCCCGAGCAAGAAAGCGGACAAUGUCUGUCUCGUCUACGGACAGUUAUAGCUCAGGUUAGGCAAUUUUUACUUGUGUGGCGAGCCUUCUAGUUUUCGCAAAUUGUCAAAAUCAACCACAAGAUGACAUGACAAAUGGCAACAAUAGAAUUUGUACUGCCGGCACUAAUGACUCGUUUUGUCGAAAUCAAAAUAACUGUACAUUAUUAUGUACUUGUAUUAGUUCGUUUAGCUUCAUAUAUUUCAAAAGCUUCUCCUUUCUAUUGUUUUGAAGUAGUUUUACUUAGAAGCGAGUGAGUGUUCACUGUCAUGUCAUCUCUUGAAAAUGCAAGUCAAUUUCAUUCUCAUUAUAAACAAUGUCUAUAGCGUUAUUGCUUGUGUGUUUUAGCGAGCUAUUCUGACAACAGCAUUUCGUCAGACGAAGAUGACGGCGUUUCACCGAGAGAGAAAGAGCAGGUAAUGUUAUAGACUUGGAAUUUUGACAAAAUAUCGAUACAAAAAUGCGUAAAGUAUGCUAUAUCGUAGCUCUCAUUUCCGGCCGAAAUAUUUUUCGGCUUCAAUAAUAUUAAUACUGUCUGCAUAUUAUUAUUAUGUAAAAUAUUAAUACCCAGGAAAAAUCCUGGGUAUUUAAAUGAACUUUUGACCUAUUUUACCAGUAAAUGCUUUUAGUAUUAAAACGAGUUUGUUUUGUUUUAUCCCAAAAGGGGAAGAAAAUGUUUUGUUACAUAACUACAUUUACUGGUCACAUCACGUAUAUAAUAUUCAAUAUAAUUCCAAACAAUGCUGGAUUUGUUAUAUAUAUAAUUCCAAACAAUGCUGCUCAUACCAGAUUAGUAGUCAAAUUGGGAAAUAUAGUAUUAAAUAUAUAGUGUUUUAUAUUGAAUAUGUCUGCAUACCUAGGGGCAAUGAACAAAAUCAACAAAUAGAUUUUGUCUUGUGAUCACAUACUGGUCCCUCAAUUCGUGUGAAGCCCUGCUGCAUUGCACAUCAAUCAAAGUCCCUUUCUUAGAAAAUUCAGUUUUUUUUAGAAAAUCAGAGUUAAUCUGUUAUUGGAAAUUUUUGCCAACCCCCAAUACAGAAGUCCAUCUCCAUUGUUUUUUGCGUAAGCGCUAUUCGUCAUGAUUCGUCACUCAGCAAGUACCGUAAUUGCGUAAACAGAAGCAGUCACCCUCUGGAAAUAUUCAAAAUGGCACAUGUCCAGGGGGUGACUGCUUCUGUUUACGGUACUCGCUGAGUGACGAAUCAUGAUGAAUAGCGCGUACACAAAAAACAAUGGAGAUGGACUUCUGUAUAGUAUUCUGUGGUCAGGGGCACAAAAGUGACCAAAUAGGUAUUACAGUAAACACAAUGAAAUUUAAAGAUCUGUGGGAGAUUUGAUUUUGAAAAUUGUUUAUAUCAAGCGAGAUUGCGAAUUGGCUUCUGCAAAGACUAGAGUCUAGAAUCUAGAAAUUAAAAAUUUGGCAUUGAUAUACAGUUAUACAUUUGAUUGGUUUAUCGAAGGUUUUUAUCCGGAUUUUUUCCCAAUCAGAAUGCUUUACCAAACUCAGUAUGGCCAAGGUGAAGUGCUUUCUGGAAGCUUCAAGGGCUUCCUGGAAUUGCCCAUAAUUACUGUUUUAAUUUAAGGAAAUGGGUGUCAUUACUGUCAUAGCCAAGGGGGUCUCCUCUGAGGAAGUCAUUCUUUCCCGGAAACAAUGCCAUUGGUGAAUCAUUUUAAAUUCAUUAUGAAAAGCCUUUGUUUUCCUAUUUCUAUUUCAGGCUGUUUUACAACAACAAAAAUUUAAUCUAUGUUAAUAUGAAACAUUAGCACAGCAUGCUUGUUUUCAAACUCAUAUCUAUAGCCUGGCCAUUUUUUUCUUUCAGCAAAGUUCCAGUGGAUUUUCAGACUUCUGUAUCAAGAAUAUCAGUCGAGCAGACUUUGGCCAACGUGAAAUUGAAAUUGCAGAACAAGGUGUGUGUUUCAUUGGAGAUAUGGAAAACAUCAAAACUCAAUGUCUCUGUUGUGCAAUGCAAACUUUGGGAUUUCUGGGAUUAAUGAUUCGCCUAAUUGCAAUCUCUCUUUCAUAGAAAUGCCCGGUUUGAUUUUACUGAGAAAGAGAAAUGCUAAUGAUAGACCUUUGGAAGGAGCGAAGAUUGUCGGGUGCACUCAUGUAACAGCACAGUCAGCGGUAAGCACUCAUGCUGUGUUUACUCUAUAAUGCUAUGGCUAGUAGUGUGUUAAAAAUUUACCACGUUUGUUGGUAUUAUGUUUGCGCUAUAAUGGAGUGGUUUGCGGUAGCGUACUAACUACGGACCACUACACUUGGCACUUCGGGUGCAAUUCGAUACGCUAUGGUAAAUUGCUGUAGCAUUGUGUUUACACUACAAUAGAUUUGCCAUAGCAUACCAACUACGGUCCACUACUCUUGGCAGCACUCUGGAUGCAAAUCAAUACACCUCGGUAAAUUUGCUAUUGCAUCAUAGUGUAAACACUGCCUAAGUAACUGUAAGUUUGGAAAGGUAGCUCAAUUGCCCAAACAUUUACUUCAAUCUAAUUUUAUAAUCUUAUAAUUUAUUCUGAUUUUAGGUGUUGAUUGAGAGUUUAUGCAUGCUUGGAGCCCAAGUGAGAUGGUGUGCUUGCAAUAUUUAUUCAACUCAGGUAGUGUAGGAAUAGAGUCACAUAACAUAAUCCAUUUUAUGGGUGCAGGUUUAGAUAUUUCAUUAAUAGUGGUUGAUAUACUCUUUCAACCCACAUCAAGAGUACUCUUCAGUCUUGAACCAUAGGAACCCUUGUGAAAAUGUUGAUAGUUAGGCCUAAAAAAAUAGGUUUUCCAUUUUCAUAUCAUGAAAAAAUUAGGGUGGGUUGGUUGGAAAAAUUGGGUUUUUUUAAAAAUAUUUUUGUCAUGGUUUUGGCCAAUUAUUGUAACAACAGAUGCCAUUUUUGCAUGCUGUAUGAGCAGCCUGCAACCACCCGUAGAAAAUAGGGUUGCACUGCCAAUCACAGCGAAAAAAUAAUAGGGUCCGCAGAAAAAAAUAGGGUCGGUCGGGAAACCGCAACCACGGUUAGAAAAUAGUAUUUUGACUAUUUAGUAUUUUGAGUAUUUUUAUUUUUUAGAAUGAAGUUGCUGCUGCCUUAGCUGAAAAAGGUCAUUACAUAAUAUGACUACAGUAUAAACAUUUACUUUGACUCAUUUCUGCAUGCCCCAUUUUAAACUUUAAAAACAGUGCAUCCAGGGAUAAACACACCCCUCCCCUGCAACUCCUACCCCCUGGGAAAUCUACACUCUACCACAGCCCUCCCUUGGGAAAUUUUCACCCCCCCCCCCCUAUGAGUUGUGCACCCUCAGCCCAGCAUCAGAUAAGUAUAGAUCUGUCUGUAACGUAGACCAUAUAUUUUUAGGUUAUCCAAUAUAUGCUUGGAAAGCAGAAACUGAGGAAGAUUUCUGGUGGUGUAUUGAGAAAUGUAUCAAUGCACCUGGGUGGAACCCUAACAUGGUAAAUUAUCAGGGUAAUACGAACCUUAUACAUAGAUCAAUCAACUGAUGGUUUUGACAACAGUUCCAGGACUACCCUUGUUUCUGUACUACCCCUCCAAAACAUCGCCACUAGGGGUGCACCGGAUUUCAAAUCUGGCCGGAUUUAACGAAUUUUCCGGCAUCCAGCCGGAUUCGGAGAAAAUCCGGCCGGAUUUAAAUUUCUGUUUUUACCUUGAAAAUUCACCAAGAAUUGGAUAAACCAUCAAUUUGGCAGCUUUAAAGUUCAAAAAACACUUGAUAUUAUUAUAAAAUAUUAAGUUAUUAACAAAAAGAUAUUUAAAAAAGGUUUAAACACAAUCAAAAAUCUAAACUGACAGUAACUAAAAAUAGUAAAAAACAUAAACCGCCAUUUUGAAUACUGAAUUAUCCCAAUUUAUACCAAUUACCGGUUUAUCUCAAAUCCGGCCGGAAUCCCGGCCGGAAUUUUUGACCAAAUCCGGUAAAUCCGGUUCCGGCCGGAUUUGAAAAUUCCAAAUCCGGUGCACCCCUAAUCGCCACUCAAUACACUGAGACAAAGUAAAUCCGGAUCUACUUUAUGGAUCUACUUACCGCCAACCAAUCUGGUUACAUACCAAAACAGACUGUCUUGCACAUAUAUGAUGUACCCACUUCUCCAAUUUGCAGAUCUUAAAUGAUCACACUAAGUACAUUUCUGUAAAUGUUUGGCUGGCUGGGUGAAAGGUGAAACAAUAAAAUAUUGUGAAAGGAAAAACAAAAUGUGCUUCCCCAACCAGCGCUAAGCAGUAUAAGAAAGCAUUGUUAUAAUUUAUUUCUAGAUACUUGAUGAUGGUGGAGAUUCGACACAUCUCAUGUACAAGAAAUUUCCUGGUAGAUUUAGCGUUCUUAAAGGCAUUGUAGAAGAGAGUGUAACUGGCGUUCAUAGGUGAGACGAAAUAUAAAAUACAAACACCAAAGAAAGCAUCUUGUACUCUUAUUUAACCCAUUGAGUGGCAGCACUCUCACUUGAUCAGUAAAAUCAUCUGGCAUUAGACAGAGUAAAAAAAGUUUCUGUGACCACAGUAUGAAUUUUGCAUGGGUAAAUUUGGACCACUUGGUGUUUAACACUGAGUCAGUUUCCUCAAAUUUAAUACAGUUCUUAGAUAUCCUUCAAAACUUAGAAUUUUCCUAUGCAAAAUUCCUACUGUGAUCACAGAAACUUUGAUAGUGUAAACCAUCCUUUAUAACACUCAGUAAGUUUCCUCAAACAUUUCUUACAAAUCAUUCAAAACUUAGAAUUUACCUAUGCAAAAUUCCUACUGUGAUCACAGAAACUUUGAUAGUGUAAACCAUUCUUUAUAACACUCAGUAAGUUUCCUCAAACAUUUCUUACAAAUCCUUCAAAACUUAGAAUUUUCCUAUGCAAAAUUCCUACUGUGAUCACAGAAACUUUGAUAGUGUAAACCAUCCUUUAUAACACUCAGUAAGUUUCCUCAAACAUUUCUUACGAAUCCUUCAAAACUUAGAAUUUACCUUUGCAAAAUUCCUACUGUGAUCACAGAAACUUUGAUAGUGUAAACCAUCCUUUAUAACACUUAGUCAGUUCCCUUAAACAUUUCUUACAAAUCCUUCAAAACUUAGAAUUUACUUUUGCAAAAUUCCUACUGUGAUCACAGAAACUUUGAUAGUGUAAACCAUCCUUUAUAACACUCAGUAAGUUUCCUCAAACAUUUCUUACAAAUCCUUCAAAACUUAGAAUUUACCUAUGCAAAAUUCCUACUGUGAUCACAGAAACUUUGAUAGUGUAAACCAUCCUUUAUAACACUCAGUAAGUUCCUUCAAACAUUUCUUAGAAAUCCUUCAAACUAGAAUUUACCUAUCCAAAAUUCCUACUGUGAUCACAGAAACUUUGAUAGUGUAAACCAUCCUUUAUAACACUCAGUAAGUUUCCUCAAACAUUUCUUACAAAUCCUUCAAACUAGAAUUUACCUAUCCAAAAUUCCUACUGUGAUCACAGAAACUUUGAUAGUGUAAACCAUCCUUUAUAACACUCAGUAAGUUUCCUCAAACAUUUCUUACAAAUCCUUCAAAACUUAAAAUUUACCAAUGCAAAAUUCCUACUGUGAUCACAGAAACUUUGAUAGUGUAAACCAUCCUUUAUACCACUCAGUAAGUUUCCUCAAACAUUUCUUACAAAUCCUUCAAAACUUAGAAUUUACCUUUGCAAAAUUCCUACUGUGAUCACAGAAACUUUGAUAGUGUAAACCAUCCUUUAUAACACUCAGUAAGUUUCCUCAAACAUUUGUUAUAAAUCCUUCAAAACUUAGAAUUUACCUUUGCAAAAUUCCUACUGUGAUCACAGAAACUUUGAUAGUGUAAACCAUCCUUUAUAACACUCAGUAAGUUUCCUCAAACAUUUCUUACAAAUCCUUUAAAACUUAGAAUUUACCAAUGCAAAAUUCCUACUGUGAUCACAGAAACUUUGAUAGUGUAAACCAUCCUUUAUAACACUCAGUAAGUUUCCUCAAACAUUUCUUACAAAUCCUUCAAAACUUAGAAUUUACCUUUGCAAAAUUCGUACUGUGAUCACAGAAACUUUGAUAGUGUAAACCAUCCUUUAAACACUCAGUAAGUUCCCUCAAACAUUUCUUACAAAUCCUUCAAAACUUAGAAUUUACCUAUGCAAAAUUCCUACUGUGAUCACAGAAAUUUCGAUUGUGUAAACUAGGCUUAACUUUUGUGCGAAAGCUUAGUUAAGUAUACAAUCAUGUAAAUAUUUGAUCCUUGAAUUUUCAGAGCAAGUGGAUGAGCUUACACGAAGUAGAAGUCUGUCUGAGCUGGAGAAGACCACUGAACAUCGUGUUGCUGAGUCAGCAAAAAGUACAGCGAAACACAUGCAGAAGCAGGCAGCUCUCAGUGCAGAAAAAGCAUCAAAGAACAAAGGUACAAUUUUUUUGUUCAGGUUUCCUCCUGUAGUAACACUGGAUCAAUAAGAGACGAUCCUUACUGGACCUCUAGGGAGAACAGUUUAGAACUGAUACAGAACUAUCCAGUAUAAAUAAAGUUAGUUUAGUUUAGUAGGUUUUUUCCUCUAGUAACACUGGAUCAAUAAGAGACGAUCCGUACUGGACCUCUAGGGAGAACAGUUUAGAACUGAUAGGGCUAUCCAGUAUAAAUAAAAUUAGUUUAGUUUAGAUUUCCUCCUGUAGUAACACUGGAUCAAUAAGAGAUGAACAUACUGGAUCUCUAGCAGAGUUGUAGACUCGAGUCGUGUGACUUGGACUCGAGUCGCAAUUUUUGUGACUUGUGACUUGACUUGUUAAAGAAACUGAUGACUUGUGACUUGACUUGGACUUGGACAAAAUGACUUGUGACUUGACUUGGACUUGCAAGAAAUGACUUGUUACCAACGCAAGUCAAACAUAUCUAGUGAAAUCUCUAGUGAAAAUCAAGUUUUCCAAAAUUUUUGUGUUGAUCGAUUGAUCGUCGUGUGUUGAUCGAUCGAUCAUCGACAGAAUUUGUGCCGGCGUAUUUUCUGACAAAACGGGGUUUUUUCGCGAUUUUGUGGUAAAAUUUCUGACAUAAAAUAACGACGCCAUAUUUACAUAUUUUGUAGUGAUGGACGAUACCAGGAUUUUUAAUUCGAUACCGAUACUUUUAAGGUCGGUAUCGGCGGAUACCGAUACCUAUUUCGGUACCAAAAUGAACACAAAAUUUCAAUUUUCGAUACCGGAAGUGAGUACUUAAAUUGCUAGUAUCGGCUACUUUCGAUACCUGCCGGUCAGCGGAAAAACAUUUUUCAUUACUGUAUGUAACCUAAAUAAAGCUAUAUGUAAACCAAAAGCCCGAAACGUAAUAAAUAUUUUCUAUACAUGACUUAGCGCACCACAUUUGGAAUAUUAAGAGUUAUUUUAGUGGUUCAUUAAUUCUUAUUCAACCAAGAAGUGAAAUUAAACAGGUCGUUUAAAAAAGGGUGCAAGUAUCGAACGAUACUACGUCAGUAAUCGAUACCGCUGUUUGUGGUAUCGCUGGUAUCGAAUACCGAGUACUCGGUAUCGCCCAUCACUAAUAUUUUGCCGUUUUGCGUGGGAAAACAUUACCACAUGUGGCGAUAAAACGACUUGUGACUUGACUUGAAUUGACUUGCCACUCGGAAUGACUUGUGACUUGACUUGACUUGGAUUUAGACAAAAUGACUUGUGACUUGACUUGAACUCAGACCAAAUGACUUGUGACUUGACUUGGACUUGCAGGAAAUGACUUGUGACUUGACUUAGACUUGCAACAUAGGACUCGUUAACAACUCUGAUCUCUAGGGAGAACAGUUUAGACUGAUAGAACUAUCCAGUAUAAAUAAAGUUAGUUUUGUUUAUCGUUUCUAUUUAUAGUUCAACUAAGGACAUUGCAAGAAGAAAACAAGUUUCUGCUUCAAAAAGUACAGACGUUGGAGAGCGAACUAAAAUGGUAAUGCUUUGGUAGUUCUUUGAUCAUCAAGUACUGCAUAAAUAUGCUAUUUUUUAAACUAUAAUUGAUUGUCGUCAGGUCGAAGAAAGAAAAGAAACGCUUAACGUCUGAGAGAGAGAAACGCGACUCUGGUCAACUCAAUCAUAAAAACAGUUCAACCAACGCUAUUUCUAGACAGGUAAGGAAUAAUAAAGUUACAGAAAAUCGGUAAAAGAGAUUUACGUAUAAUUUUAAAAGUUUUUCCAAAUGAAAUAAUAAAAAAAUAUAUUGCCGUAUUCCUUUAAUGUUCAUACUUUUCAUUGUACCAUUGAGAAAUGUAGUUUAAUUGUCUUGUUCCUGUAAGUGGCAAGAUUUCUGUAGUUGGUCGCCAUCUGGACACAUUAAAUAAUCACAAGAGACUAUUCUUACUAUUUUUAAUGAAGACAUUCUCAUAUCUGCAGGUAUCACAAGACAGUAUGCAAAACAACGUAGAAGAUCUUACUCAAAAUAAAGAGAGUGCAAAGAGGAUUGAUGUUCUCAAUGAACAGAACUCAACACUGGUAAGGAAUCGUCAGGCUUUUAGAUUUUCUGUGGUAACACUGGAUCAAUCAGAGAUGAUCCUUACUGGACCUCUGGGGAGAACAGUUUAGAACUGAUAGAGAUAUCCAGUAUAAAUAAAGUUAGUUUAGUUUAGGUUUCCUCCUGUAGUAACACUGGAUCAAUAAGAGAUGACCCUUACUGGACCUCUAGGGAGAACAGUUUAGAACUGCUAGAGCUAUCCAGUAUAAAUAAAGUUAGUUUAGUUUAGGUUUCCUCCUGUAGUAACACUGGAUCAAUAAGAGAUGACCCUUACUGGACCUCUGGGGAGAACAGUUUAGAACUGAUAGAGCUAUCCAGUAUAAAUAAAGUUAGUUUAGUUUAGGUUUUCUAAAAUAUAAAACAACGGUAACUCCGAAAAAAAAAAUAUUUAAUAUUCAAAAAAAGAAAGAAAAAUAAAUAUUAAAAUAUUUAAUUUCGGAGUUACCGUUGUUUUAUACAGUAUUUUAUUAAAAUACUCAGUGGUUCCCGUAAUUUUUAGGUUUUCUCCUGUAGUAACAUUGGAUCAACAAGAGAUGAUCUUAUUGGAUCUCUAGGAAGAACAGUUUAGAAUUGAUAGAGCUAUCCAGUAAAAAUGAAGUUAGUUUAGUUUAGAUUUCCUCCUGUAGUAACACUGGAUCAAUAAGAGGUGAUCCUUACUGGAUCUCUAGGAAGAACAAUUUAGAACUGAUAGAGCUACCCCGUAUAAAAAAAGAUACUUAAGUUUAUGUUAUCUUCUGUGGUAACACUGGAUAAAUAAGAGAUGACUCUUAAUGGACCUCUAGGCAGAACAGUAUAGAACUGAUAGAGCUAUCCAGUAUAAAUAAAGUUAGUUUACUUUCUGGAUCUCUAGGAAGAACAGUUUAGAACUAAUGGAGCUAUCCAGCGUAAAUAAAGGAUUCCAUUUAGGUUUUCUUCUGUAGUAACACUGGACCUCUAUAGGGAGGAAGGUUUAGAACUAGGGCUAUGCAGUAAGUGCUUUCAUCUCUUAUUUUUUUCAGAAAUAUUUCCUGCUCCCGGUAUUUUUUAUUCUCCUGGCAAUGCUUGUAUCCUUUGCUUUUGGAAUUAUUGGUUCUAACACUCCAGUCAGCAAUCAAGCUAGCAAGACCCAGUGACCCUGGCCACUUGUACUUGUCAGUACCGUUAAUACAGCAUGUUAAAUAAGCAGUCGGGUUGCGCAACGAUGUAUCACGUGUAUCUUAACAUUUUCCUUUGUGUAUCAUUCUUCUGUCCGUCAUUCUCCUGUCUAUCAUUCGUCGGUCUAUCAUUCUUCAGUCUAUCAUUCUUUUGUCUAUCAUUCUUCAGUCCAUCACUCUGUGUGCAAUCGUUUGGGGAAAUGUUAAGAUACACGAUGUACGGGUUUAUUUGAAACAUAUAUUUAUACAUAUGGCCUUGGAUUGCUUAUAACUAUCAAAAGUCAGUAAAACUGGCCGUUACCAUUAAACAUUACACAGCAAUGAAUCGCAACUUUGCUAUCCACUGUAAAUAAAGUUGAUAUUGUAAGGUUAUAAAACUUAAACUCGGGCUAUUUAGGAUUGUUGCAUAAUUGUUCAAACUUCUAAGUUUGCAAAAGUUAUUUAAUUGUAAUGAUAUAUGAACGUUGAUAUUAUUUUUGAAAUUGUACAUUAGUAGUGAAUUUAAAGAAUGGCGCUCAACUCCAAAAUCUGUUAGUUUGUUUUGAAGAUUGUGGUAGAGCGCCUCGUUAGUUUUGUUUUUAUAAUGUGUUAAUAUAGGGAUGUUUCAAAUAUACAUGGUAUUUGCUACAUGUAAUUAAAUAAUGAUUAAUAAUCUUGUUCAGGAGCUCUUACUCACUUAUGAGUGAUCUGAUAUGCAGAACUUACUGCUGAGUUAAGCUUGCUAGAGCAAGCAGAGGGUAUACAGUACAUGUUCUUGAAUGUGACUACACAAGUGAAAUUCUCACAACUUGUCAACAAGAUGUGUUCGCAACAGACUUGUAGCAAGCUUGUGAACAAGUUGUAACAAUGCUGUUAUUUUAUCAAGUUGCUACAAGGUUGUCACUCACAACUUAUUGACAAAUUGUUGAAUUGUAGGACGAUAACAAGUUGUUGGAACAACUUGUAACAAGUCUGUUGAGCUCAACAACCUUGUAGCAAGUUGUCAACAAGCUGGGAACAAGCAGUGCGAACACAUCCUGAUGACAAGUUGUUGGAACAACUUGUAACAAGUCUGUUGAGCUCAACAACCUUGUAGCAAGUUGUCAACAAGCUGGGAACAAGUAGUGCGAACACAUCCUGUUGACAAGUUGUUGGAAUAGCAUUGCUACAAGUCUUUGCGUUUUUACGUGUGUACCUUAAAGUAAUCGGACGUUGUACAGAAUUAACUGUUGAGUUAAGUUAUGGUUAGAUUAUGCAGAGGGCAGUACAUGUUCUUGAAUGUGGACUACUUUAAAUUGAUUUGAUGUUGUACAGUACUCACUGCUGAGUUAAGCAUGGUUAGAUCAUGCAGAGGUACACACGUAAAAACGCACAAGUUGUAACAAACCUACAGCAGACUUGCAGCAAUAUUGUUCCAACAACUUGUCAACAGGAUGUGUUCGAACUGCUUGUUCCCAGCUUGUUGACAAGUUGUCAACGGCUUGUUGACAACUUGCUACAAGGUUGUUGAGCUCAACAGACUUGUUACAAGUUGUUCCAACAACUUGUUAUCGUCCUGCAAUUCAGCAAUUUGUCAACAAGUUGUGAGUGACAACCUUGUAGCAACUUGAUAAAAAAACAACAUCGUUACAACUUGUUGACAAGCUUGCUACAAGCCUAUUGCGAACACAUCUUGUUGACAAAUUGUGAGAUUUUGACGUGUGUCGUAUCAAACGACAGACUCGGGCAGAUAUCUUAGAGCUCUUCUUGAUCUCUGUAGCUGGUUCUGAUAAUAAUGCUGACUUGACAUAACCGGUUUGAAACUCUCUUGAUCUCGACUCAAUUCAAAAUGAUUCACCAACGAUGUAUGACCCACACACUCACACUGAGUUUUAUGUUUAUCCACGGUGACUUGCAUGAAUAGGUCACGUGCCACGUUCGAAUGUGUCACGUGAUUGCCAGGUGAUAUAGGUUUUUCUUCCAUAAUCACGUCCUCCAUGUCCCGCGUGUAAAACGCGUGGGAUUUCGUGCAAGGCAUUUUCUUUUUUCUUACUCGGUACAUCGCGGUCGUGGAGCCUGUGGACGAGGGACUCUCUAGGCUAUCCGUAGAGCAUGAUGGGAUAUCAGUCUUGUGAGGUUUAUGAUUGACUGUGCAAUGGUGUCGU